CUCUAGGAGUGAGGGGCAACGCUCCGGGAGGCCUGUGCCCAGGCGAUCGGCCCGGAGCCUACUGGCCGCCACGCGGAGUCCUCAGCCCCGGGCCGCGGAAGGCCCGAGGAAGCCCGGGGAAGAACCCCGAGGACCCGGGGAAAGGCAGGGGAGGUCCGGGAGGCCUCGGGGAGGGUCCCGGAAGCUUCAGGGAAGCAGCGGAGGCCCUGGAAGGGACAGGGAAGGCCGGGGGAGGCGCAGGCCGCCUCGAGGGCCGGUGGGUCGGCAGUGGCUGCGACCUUGCCGGAGGGGUGCCCUGGGAGCACUCUGCGCCCCGAUGGACGAGUGGGCAGCGACGCCCCUGCCGGAGCCGGGGGCCGCGCAGGGGUCGCACCCGAGGCCCGGCGGCCGGCGGCAUGGCGCUCCCGACACGCCGGGCGGCCUGGAGACCCCCGAGCGGCUCCCCCUCCGGCCAGCCCCCAACAGACCCGAGGCCCCCGAGUCCCUGUGCCCCUGGUGGAACGCAGCGACGCCUAGGGCGCCCCGGCCGCUGGGGCAGGCCCCGGAGCCGCAGCCCCUGCCACCGCUGGCCUCCUGGAGCCCGGCCUGGGCCCUGGGCCUGAGCUCCGUGCCGGCGCCGGCCUGCGGGCCCCGCCGGCCCUUCACGGCCGAGGGCCAGGCCCCCCGCUGCCCGCUGCCCUCCUUGUCCUCCCGCUACAGGAAGGCCGAGUCGGAAGGGGCGCUGGGCAAGCCGUUCGCACUGCGCGCGGAGCGGCCGGGGCCUCGGGGCGGCUUCGCCCUCGGAGAGGACACCGGGGAGGACACGUGGGCCUGCGGCCCUGUGGGGAUUUUAAGGAAACAGAGGAGCAGCUACAACAAAAUGGGCAGAAGAAACGGUGAGAACUGUGGCACCACGGUCCAUCUGUCAAGCAUUUCUCAGGAGAAUGUAUCUUACUGGAGUUUGGAUUCCGAAGUACCUGUUCUUGAAAAUAAAAACCUCCCACCUGGAAGGGAUAGUGCGGCAGGUGGCAAAAUUAAUAAGAACCAUUUGGAAAUCCCAGUAGAGCAACUGAUGCUAGAACUUAAUAUGUCAGAGCGUGCUCACAGGAGAACACAGAAUAGUAAACAAGAGCUGUUUCAGUUAUGGAGUUACCCUCUUAAUGAAGGAAGUACCAUGGAGAACAGGGAAUUCAAACAAUCUACAAUGGAAACUGGCUUUAAUGUAGUCAAUAAUCCCAUAAGGCUCUUUACCCUAAACCACUCAUUAACAAGUACUCCAGCUGAUCAGCAAGCUGGUUCUAAACUGGGACUGCCGAUGCCGAUAAGUCUCUACUGGCCCUUUGCUGACGGAGACUUUUUAAAGGACAGAAGUGAGUUUCAAAUUGAUUCAUGUUCACCUAUAGAAACCAGCAAUGGAGAAACUUUAUCUGCUCCAAACUGCAACCUUAAACAUGGAAACAGCAGUGUGGAAGAAAUUUUAACUGAUGAAAGUGACUUAUCAGAAAACGAGAACACUAAUGAUACUUUACUCAGCUAUUUUAAAAAGAUGGACUUGAAGUUAAAGCCAGAAACAAUAGAAAAUGUUGAGGAAUCUUUUACUGAGGAACCAAGUGAAGUAUUUCUAUAUCCUGAUUUUCUUCCCCCUCCUUUCAAUACUCUGGAUUUGCACAAAUUUGCCUUUUCAAGAUGUGAAAAUUGGAAAGCGACAUUGGACUCUCCAGAAAGCUCCAUUGAACAGCUGAUAACUCGUUUACUAGAACUGGAACGAUUACAACAUAUGACUAUACAAAAGGAGCGGUCUAGGCUACCAAGUGCUUUCUGUUCUCCAGCAAUUUCUGAGCGACCCUCUUCCUCCAAAAGUACAUUGAAAGCGAGGCAGCCCAAACUUCCUGACGCUUUGAGUCUUCUGACAUCUUGUGUAGAUAAAAGCCGAGAAAAGAGAAAAAACAGUUCUGGUUGUGGUAAGCUUGAACAAAAUGCUUCAAAGUGGAAUUGGAGUGGUGAUGGAAAAUAUAAAUGGAAUUCUAGAUCACCAUCUCUAAAAAGUUCACCAACCACAAAACAAUAUAUUGCAACUUAUGAUGAUUUUAAGAAUCCCAAAAGUUUCACUUCAAAUUCAUGCCAAGAACUCUCACCCAAGCCUUCCACCACCCAAACUACUCAAUCACUGGUUAAAAUAGGCUCAACAAGAUGCCUGCCACCAAGGUCUCCAAUACUAGUUUCACCUAUACCCCUGUCUUUUCCUGAAAAUCACAGGGAAGAAAUUAAAUCACAAAGGACCAAAAGGAAACCUUACCAAAAAAGUAUACUAAUGAAUAGACCAUUCUAUAUUCAGAAACUAAACUGUUUUUCACCUUCUUUUAUGGAUAAGGGUAAAUGCUCACCCAUUGACCAAAAAUAACUCUUUUCUUUCAUACAUCCCAAUGUGAGCAAAUGUAUUCCAAGAAGUUCAGCUAACAUAUGGUUUGUCAUUCUGAGAUGCAGGCAUAAAAACAAAAACAAAACAAAAAUAAAUUAACAAGAAAACCCACACAAAUUGAUUGCCUGGCAAGAUACAGAGUGCAGCCUGUGCGUCACAGCUAAGCCAUCUGUAUACAGAUCCAAGGGCUUACACAUUGCUGCAUCUGACAAUUCUUCACGUUAUGUUUCAAAGAAACGUUUUACUUAGUAAACCUAACUAUUCUAUUCAGCAGCUUGUUCUCUUGUUGUGAUUGUUUUCCAGUAUAACUCUAUCAUCAAUAAAUGGUAUAAUUGAUA